CGUUUCGCACUGAGCCAAUCGGCGUCACCCUAUUUACAACAUGGCGGUGCUCCUGGAUCUAGUACUUGCCUGGUCCCGCCAUGUUGGCCUUUAUUUCGGCCCGCCAAGCCGGUCUCGACGAUCCGCUGCGGUUGCGCCGGGCUGAGUCCACCCGGAGGGUACUAAGCUUGGAGCUAAACAAAGAUAGAGAUGUGGAAAGAAUCCAUGGCAGUGGUGUUAACACCCUGGAUAUUGAACCUGUUGAAGGAAGAUACAUGUUAUCAGGUGGGUCAGAUGGUGUUAUUGUACUUUAUGACCUUGAAAACUUCAGCAGAAAACCAUGUUAUACAUGUAAAGCAAUUUGUUCUGUGGGCAGAAGCCAUCCUGAUGUACACAAAUUCAGCGUAGAGACAGUUCAAUGGUACCCUCGUGACACUGGCAUGUUUACAUCAAGCUCAUUUGAUAAAACACUGAAAAUAUGGGAUACAAACACAUUACAACCUGCAGAUGUGUUUAAUUUUGAGGGAACAGUUUAUAGCCAUCAUAUGUCUCCAGUUGCUACCAAGCACUGCUUAAUAGCAGUUGGUACCAAAAGCCCCAAAGUACAGCUUUGUGACUUGAAGUCUGGAUCCUGUUCUCAAAUUCUGCAGGGUCACAGGCAAGAAGUGCUGGCAGUGGCCUGGUCCCCGCGUCAUGAGUAUGUCUUGGCAACUGCAAGAGACUUUCAGCUGGUCUGCCUCUCACCUCCUUCUGGAUCUCUAAACAGUGCUGACAGUAGAGUAAAACUCUGGGAUGUAAGGAGAGCAUCUGGAUGUCUGAUUACUCUUGAUCAGUACAAUGGGGAGAAGUCAAAAGCAUCUUCUGAAGCAGCAAACACUGCUCAUAAUGGAAGAGUUAACGGCUUAUGCUUUACAAGUGAUGGGCUUCAUCUUCUGACUAUUGGUACAGAUGACCGGAUGAGACUCUGGAAUAGUUCCAGUGGGGAAAACACACUGGUGAACUAUGGGAAAGUCUGUAAUGAAAGCAGAAAAGGACUCAAAUUCACCACUUCUACUGGCUGCGAUCCAGAAUUUGCAUUUGUACCAUAUGGUAGCACCAUUGCUGUUUAUACAAUCUACUCAGGAGAACUGAUAACUAUGCUUAGGGGACAUUAUAAUACUGUUGAUUGCUGUGUAUUUCAGCCUAAUUUUCAGGAACUAUAUAGUGGUAGCAAAGAUUGCAAUAUACUUGCGUGGGUGCCAGCUCUACGAGAGCCAAUGCCUGAUGAAGAUGCUGCAAAGUUUCAGCAGCCCAGCAUCGACUACGAUUCUGAUACAUAUUGGCUACUCCUCUCCUGUCUACAGUUUCCUGUGACAGUUAAAAGGUGCAGCACUGCCUCUGCAAGCCAUACCCCUUCUCCUGUUUGCUGCCAGAUCUUCUGCCUCUGCUACAUCAGUCAGCAACGCUUAAAUCCAGCAUUUGAAGAUGGAUGGAGCAGCAGUGAUGAUGAAGGAUGAACCUCAGUUAGCUGUUGAUAUAAAACUGACAUUCAUGCACUAUGUUUGUGAAGAAAGGGACUUUACCUGCAGAAUUGAACAAGUAUUUGUCAUCAGCUUCUUUGUAGAGUUCCUUAAAGCUCAGGCUUUCAGAAAUGAGAUUUUCUUGUAAAGUUACUUUCUUGUACUGUCUUAAUGUUUCUUCUGUGUUGUUACUAUAUUUUGAAAUAGUAUUCUUUUAUUUCACCUGGCCUUCUCACUCUUUCCCACCCACCCCCAAACUUUAGGCAAAGCAAUUUGGUAUAUUGUACCUAGUUGUUGAGCUGAAUAUUAAAAGCAAAAUUUCUGAUGAUCAGAUGCUAGUACACCCCAUCUCUCUUCUGGUGUCACUAAAAUAGUGAGGCCUGAUGAUUCCUUCUAUUUUCAGGGGCUCUAAAUGGGACAGUUUGGGACAAGAUGAGUGUGGAGAGGAGCUGGCGUGUGUAAAUCCCAGUUCCUUUGUAUUAUCCCCAUUUUACAGAUGCCUCUCCAUGGAUGCAUUAUGGAAUCCAGCUUCCCCAAUUAGAAGGAAGCAGGGCUGGUAUUCUCUAUCUAGGUAUUUAUAUAGCCCCCAUCAAUUUAAUAUCUGACCCCAUCCCAGGUAUUUAAAAAUAGAAGCAAAUUACAUGGAAUAGGAUCUUACUGGUCCCAUUAACAUGAUCAUAAGAUCUGCUGCAUGAAACCCCCCAAGUGGAGGGGGAAAUUCAUAGAUAGCAGCAGGCAAACACUGAAUGGGGGCUUGGCUUCUGUGACAGCCAAAGAGUCAGGAUGAGGAGGAGAAAGGGAAAGCUAGUGCUGAGUCACUGGGCCUCUGCCAAUGUGCUGUGACUUAGGAGGUUGAACCUCCUGCAUAUUCUGGGUGUGCAAGACCUGCUCUCCCUUUCUCAUUAAGAUGAUUUAGAGGAAUCUCAGCAAGCUGAGAGUCUCCUGUCUGUGAUGGAUGUGUUAUAAUGUAACCUUCUGGAUUUAACAAGCCUCAAGUCAGAAGAAAAAUUUGAAUAAAAUGGAAAUGUAAAAAACA